AUGGAGCAAUCCAACGGCCCGAUGGUCGGAUUCAAUGGAACACCGACAUGGCCACUGGGAGCAUUAAACUUAGAGGUACAGGCUGGCACUAGGAAGAUCAAGACAGAGUUCACCGUCAUCGACACACCAUCCCCUUAUAAUGCAAUUCUGGGAAGGCCAUGGUUGCAUGCAAUGAGGGCAGUUCCCUCGACAUUACACCAACUAUUGCCGUUCCCAACAGAACGUGGGAUAGAAGAGGUCCGAGGAGAUCAGUUGCAGUCAAAAAAUUGCUCCAUGGCAGUAAUGCAGUUCACCUGCAAUAUACAAAGGGCAGAAAUCGAAGACAACGACGUAGAGGUCCUAUGUAUAUCGGCUUGA